AUGGAUCCUCCGAAAGAAGGUUCCGGCGAGACCGGAAUCUCCCCCUCCGGCAAGCGUUUAAUGAAGGUCAAACAGGAGAUCAGUGAGAAAAUGAAAAGAGAUAAGAAGGAAGCUAAAGAUUCAAUCGCGGGGAGGGUCUCCAAGCGGGUGAAGAAGAAGGAUGUUUCUAGAGGGAGCGCCUCUCUGGGACCUCACUCGCCUUCUUCAUUGAAGAUCCAAGAGGUCGUUAACCUCAUGGUUCAAGCUCACGGUCAAAAGGAGUUGGCCAGGGUUUGUUCCUCCGACGAAACCCCCGAAACCACCCCGGAGGGUUGGUUUUGCAUUCAUGAGAAGUAUAUCUCUAAAUGCCACCUCCGGUUUCCGCUUCCAGACCUCCUGUUAGAUCUUCUUGACCAUUACCAACUGGCCCUCUCUCAGCUUUGUCCCUCGGUUAUCCGGGUGAUAAAUGGUUUCAUCACCAGGGCUAAGGAGGAGGGGGUCGCUGUUGGACUGACCGAAUUGAUGAGCCUUUAUACGAUCAAGGAGAGCUCUAGUAAGGAUGGUGGCAGCGGUACCUACUACCAUCCUUGUCGUCCUAGGCUCAGUCUUUUUAAGUCCUCCGGUAGUGAUGAUGAUUGGAGGAAAAAAUAUUUCUACGUCAAGAUUGACCCCACGACAGUUCCAGUGGGUCGUGCUCUCUCAGUUAUUUGGUCCGAUAUAUCUGACAUCGAGGAUCCUCCUAAGCUUACUGAUAAGCUGUCUAGAGCUCUUUUUCGGAAGUUAUAUCAAAGUCCCAAUACUUGGGCGUCUUUUACUAUUUCUCGCAUUGGAUCUGCUAGGUUCCCAGAGCGAUAUAACGCCAGGUUCCUUGACCCAAUUCCAGCUAAAGAUUUAGAAGAAAAGACUCAAGCUCCCAAGAUGAGGCCUUCUUUCCGUACCAGGAGCAAAUCUGCUGCAGCUGCCAGUGCUUCGCGAGGCAGCGACAAGACCCAAGGAGGAGCCUUCCUUAGCUCGCUGAAAGAGGUCCUUGAUGAUGGGUCCUCUGUUCCUGUUAGGGAUGUUAACCCAGUUGAGACCAGAGCUCAAGAUGUUGUUCCUCGUCCUGAGGUCCCACCAGUUGAAGUUAACCCUCAAGCUGCUAGAGAUCCCCUCGAGGUCGAACCUCCGAGAAACAAGAGGUCUCAGACUGAUUUGGGAGAUAGGCCCACCAGGUCUUCCUCCCCGUCUUCGCGGGGAGGGACCGUUGGCUGGAACUUUACCCAUUCUAAGCCGGGAUCAAUCUUAGAUGACCCUUGGGUUUGGCAACCAUCAUGA